UGCUUGGGGCUGCCUGGCCCUGCGUAGGAGUGAGGCCCACGGCCGCUGGGCGGGAAGCCUGGCCUGGCCUGUGCCCUGCCUCCCUGCCUUCCCAGCCUCCUGGAGACUCCUCUGUAACUCUUUCCUUUCCUGAGAGCAGCGGGGGCUGCGGAAGGACAUUCCUUGGGGCUCAGGCCUGGGGGUAUCCAUGGCAGAGGAGCAGGGAGCCUGGCGUGGAAGGGGAGGGGCCUUCCCACAAGACUCUCAAGCCACAGAGGGGAGAAUCCGAAUGAAGGCUGGAGUCAGAAACCUCCCUGGGGGAGGAGUCCCCCCGCUCCUGGCACGUAGCCCUGAUCCUGGGGCCUGGCUGCCAGGCUCCGCCUGGGCUGGCAAAGGGGACCAGAGGUUGGCUGCCCAGAUCCUGAGCUGGCUGGGCACAAUGUGUCAGAGUGACGGGGGCCCCUUAGGGGCCUCAGGUGGGAGGGCCGAGGGUGCUGUUAGCUUGCGUGUCAGUGGUGGGCAGCCCUGCAUGGCCGCCAGUGCCGGGUCACCUUCUCCUCGCCCAUGGGAUGGGUCAGCCGCAUGUGUGCAGGGCCCAUCCUUCUCGGAGCAUCACUGCUUGGAGGGGUGUCCUCAGCAGAGCUGGGGAGCCAGGGCCUAGGCUGCAGGUUAAAUUGGGUGUGGGGGGCAACGCAGCUUCCAGUGUCCACCUGCGAAUAGCUGCCUGCGCUGGGCCGGGGCUGCCUCUGCCUGGGGCUGGGAUCCUAUUAACGUGCUCUGGUCUGAGGGCCCAGGGGGUAGGGGUAGGGGCAAAAGAUGGCCCAGAGCCGAAAGGUGUGAGGGGAGACCGAGGCUGGCUGCCUGGGGCUCCUGCUCUUUCCUUGCUGGCCAGCAAGGGCAGAGGAGCCCAGGCUGGCGUCAGGCCCGGCCAGCUGCCCACGGCCUCUCUCAGAGGGCUGGCUCCUUGACCUUCCGCUCCGAAUCAGAUGCGGCAGCUGGGGUAGCCACCCCUGGGCAUGGCCUAUCCACGCCCUUCAGGGCCUGGGGAGGCGGGGCCCUGAUGGCCUAUCACAGCUUGCUUCCCACUAUCUCUGCCAAUCAGGAGCAACAGGGAGGGGGAGCUUAGGUCACCCUGCCAGUGGUGUGGCCCCAAGGGCAGCUCCGGGCUGGGGCAUGGUGAAAGGGCACAACCGCAGCCCAGAGGAGCCCAGUGUCCGCGGGCCCAGAGUCGCCCCACCCUGUCGCCCAACAUCCCAACCCAGAGACCCGGGCCGCCUCCAGCUGCAGAGCUGGGACCAAGGUCCAACCCCAGGGCUCGUGGAGCCUGCGGGCCAUGGUUGCCAGCCCAGGAGGGGCCAGCCGGAUGGAAGCCCACAUCGGAGCUUCCGCUCCCCUCCCCCAAGAACACCAGGAUUCUAUAGAGGCCCCACUCAGUUACCUGGGAGACAGGCCUGCUGGCCCAAGCAAAGAUGGGGGGCCUGAGAGGGCUAGGACUUGGCAGAGCCCUGCUGGGGUGACCACAGCCGGGUCGCAAUGCACGGGCUGAAGGAGAAGGUGCUGACGCUGGACACCAUGAACCCGUGUGUUCGGAGGGUGGAGUACGCGGUGCGCGGGCCCAUUGUGCUGCGCGCCCUCGAGCUGGAGCAGGAACUGCGCCAGGGGGUAAAGAAGCCCUUCACAGAGGUCGUCCGCGCCAACAUCGGGGACGCGCAGGCCAUGGGGCAGAAGCCCAUCACCUUCCUGCGUCAGGUCCUGGCCCUCUGUGUGCACCCCGAUCUCCUGAACAGCCCUGACUUCCCUGAGGACGCCAGGAGGAGGGCUGAGCGCAUCUUGCAGGCAUGUGGGGGACACAGCCUGGGGGCCUACAGCGUCAGCUCGGGUAUCCAGCUGAUCCGGGAAGACGCCGCCCGGUACAUUGAGCGGCGCGACGGAGGCAUCCCCGCAGACCCCAACAACAUCUUCCUGUCCACCGGGGCCAGCGACGCCAUCGUGACGGUGCUGAAGCUGCUGGUGGCGGGGGAGGGCCCCACCCGCACAGGCGUGCUCAUCCCCAUCCCGCAGUACCCGCUGUACUCGGCCGCGCUGGCCGAGCUCGACGCUGUGCAGGUGGACUACUACUUGGAUGAGGAGCGCGCUUGGGCCCUCGACGUGGCCGAGCUGCGGCGCGCCCUGUGCCAGGCGCGUGGCCACUGCUGCCCACGCGCACUCUGCAUUAUCAACCCCGGCAACCCCACUGGACAGGUACAAGCCCGCGAGUGCAUCGAGGCCGUGAUUCGCUUUGCCUUUGAGGAGCGCCUCUUCCUGAUGGCUGAUGAGGUGUAUCAGGACAAUGUGUAUGCGGAGGGCUCGAGGUUCCACUCGUUCAAGAAGGUGCUCGUGGAGAUGGGGCCGCCCUACGCGACGCAGCAGGAGCUUGCCUCCUUCCACUCGGUCUCCAAGGGCUACAUGGGCGAGUGCGGGUUCCGCGGUGGCUACGUGGAGGUGGUGAACAUGGACCCCGCGGUGCAGCAGCAGAUGCAGAAGCUGAUGAGCGUCCGGCUGUGCCCGCCGGUGCCGGGCCAGGCCCUGCUGCACACGGUGGUCAGCCCACCCACACCCUCCGACCCCUCCUUCGCGCAGUUCCAGGCGGAGAGGCAGGCGGUGCUGGCCGAGCUGGCGGCGAAGGCGAAGCUCACGGAGCAGGUGUUCAACGAGGCCCCCGGUAUCCGCUGCAACCCGGUGCAGGGCGCCAUGUACGCCUUCCCUCGCGUGCAGCUGCCCCCGCGCGCCGUGCAGCGCGCUCAGGAGCUGGGCCUGGCUCCCGACAUGUUCUUCUGCAUGCGCCUUCUGGAGGAGACCGGCAUCUGCGUGGUGCCCGGGAGUGGCUUCGGGCAGCGGGAAGGCACCUACCACUUCCGGAUGACCAUUCUGCCCCCCAUGGAGAAGCUGCGGCCUUUGCUGGAGAAGCUGAGCCAGUUCCACGCCAAGUUCACCCGAGAAUACUCCUGAGCCCCGCCCCCGUUUGGGCCCAGGCUGGGCCGCGGCCCUGGACACCAUGGCCAAGGUCCUCCCUGGGGGUCUCUGGAGCCCUCUGGACUUGCUCCCGCUACCUGAGGGGCUGGGCCCCUGCCUUUCUGCAGACCCUUAAUAAAGCUGAAGCAGCCUGACUACCUGGAGGCCGGCUGUGUGCACACCCGUA